AUGAGCAACAAUGCACAGAACCCGAAGGGACGCCACGACUUGGAAGAGCGAGUGGCGCACCUCCAGUCGGUCACGAACUACAAGGGCGACUUCAAAGAUGCAAAGUCCCCUUUAGAGCUCGAAGACGGCGCGUUGGUCGCUGGUGGCGCCCUGGACCUGCUUUCCAAGGAAGCGUUUGCUUUGUUUUCUCAAUACGCCGCCAUCGGUGUCAUCUACGGGUUGAUCCCAGCCCUCAACUUCCCCAUUUUCAACGUGUACCUGCGAUUGGAAGGGUACCAGACGGCUUCGUACAGCACGUUGGUGAUGUUGGGGUGGUCGUUCAAGGCGUUCAUGGGCAUGAUGUCAGAUUGCUUCCCCAUUUUUGGCUACCGCCGCAAGUCGUGGAUGUUGAUCGGGUGGAUGGUCACUAUGAUCUGCUUGAUGAUCAUGACGUUCUCUUCGUUGGGCGAGCCAUACUGCAACCGUGAAAAGGCUGCGAAACGAAAGUCCAGGGCGUGCACCAAGCCUUACUCGAACGCGUCGUUGAAGGACCAUGACUUGUUCAACCUCAGCGCGCCAGACAACGGGGGCUUGUUUAUCAUUUUGUCCAUGUUUGUGUCGUUGGGGUACGUCAUGGCUGCGUGUGCGUCCGAUGCCAUGGUGGUGCAGUACGCCCAGCGCGAACCCCUUGCCAUCCGUGGCCGCAUCCAAACGGCCAUCUACACGGUGCGCACGUUCACGGGGAUUGUGUCAAGCGUGAUCGUUGGUUUCGGUUUGAACGGGGCCAACUACAACGGGUCGUUUCAGUUUUCCAUGGCACCCAACGUCCCGUACGGCAUCUGCUUGGUGCCUUGCGUGGUCGUGGUGUUGUCGACGAUCUUCAUCGUGGAAGAAGUCAAGACCCCCCCGAUUCCGCUUAAGGUGUGGGCGGGCAGCUUCUGGGACUUGCUGCAGCAGCGCGUGAUGUGGCAGAUAUGCGCGUUCCGGUUCAUCAACAACAUUUUCCAAGGCAUCGGGUCCACCGCGGGGGCGCCCAUGUUCAGUGUCUGGGCCAACGUCGAGCCGUUAAACGACGCGUUGUCGUCGGUGCUCGGCGGGUUCAUCUUUUCGGGGAUUUUGGUCGUGGUGGGCAAGUGGGGUCUGCACUGGAACUGGCGCUGGGCCAUUGCGCUCAGCUCCAUCGGUUCUAUUUUGAUUGACGGCGCCAUCAACUUUAUGACGAUCUGGAACGUGGUGCGCAAUCAGUGUUUCUACAUGGGUGGUGCUUUGGCAGAAAAAGUGCCUGGCGGGGUGCGCUUCAUCGUGGCGACGUACUGCGCCGUGGAAAUCGCCGACGUCGGCAACGAAGGGGCCACGUACGGCUUGGUCACGACCGUGUCCAACUUGGCGUCUCCGUUUGCUUCUGUCAUUUACAAGGUAAUCGACUCGUACUUUAAGCUGUCGCAAGACGACAUCCGGAACGACACGACCCAAGUGCGUUGGGAUGUGACGUACUCGUACAUCAUCUCGUACAUGUGCAAGUUGUUUGCGUUGGCGUGGUUGUGGAUGCUGCCUCCUCAGCGCACUCAGAUACAAGAGCUCAAGAAGAAGGGCGGCAAGAGUCCUUUGGCCGGUGCCAUCUUGCUGGUUAUUUUCUUCACAUGCUUGACAUUUUCGGUCACGACCAGCAUCAUGUCCAUCUACCCGUCCACCAAGUGCUACCGCAUUGCUGGCGGCAACGGCAUGUUUGACCCCAAGUCUGGUGCUUGCCCGACCGUCACGGCCGUCAUGGCCGUCAUGGACAACAAGGAUAAACGAUUGUCGUCCUAG